AUGGUCCGGACUCUGAAGAACUGGGUCGUGGUGCGGCCGGGUGGGCUAGUUGACGGCCAGGGCAAGGGGUCCUGGCACGCGGCGGAAGAUGCGUGCGGCAUCUACCCAACCAUCCCACGCGCGGAUGUCGCGGACUUCGUGGUGAAGGAGUGCCUACCGGGCAGCGACCGGUGGCUCCGGCAAAACGUGGCGCUGGUCUCGCACAAGCCGCGCGGGCGGCAGUGCUUUUCCAAGGCUGCCUCCGACCCCCAGUGA